CCACCCCUGGGGCCCGAUCCUUGCCACCCCCGGGGCCCGCUUGUUCUCCCUUGGCUUUCCCCUCCCACCCUUUGGCUACCUGGGCUGGGUGGGUGGUAGCCAAGCGUGCCCGUGGGCAUGGGGCUGGGGGGUUGGCCCCAUCCUUGGGUUGGGGGGUGCCAGGGGGUGAAGGCAGCCGCGAUGCCACGCUGUGGUGGAGGUUUGGGGGGUGAAGGAGGUGGGGGGGCAGGUGAUUUCCCUUCCCUGGGGAAGUCACCUACUGGGGCCACUUCACCGGGUGUCACCGGGCCACCAACUGCGCCUUUGGGGUUGCCACCUCGCCCACGGAGGGGGGGGGAAGGGGGUGGCACGGAGCAUCCCUCCGGCGGGAGCAUCCCAACCUCUGCCUCGACAGGUCGGGCCGGUCCCCGUUGAGGGUGGGCGAGUUCUCUGGGAGGGAGGUGGCCCAGUUCUCCCCUUCCCGGAUGGUUCCUGACGGGUUCCCCGGGGCCGGGAUGACUUUUUUGGGGGGGCUCAAAGCCAAACUGCGCCCCUGGGGGGGGCGGUUGUGUUAUUCCACCCUGCUGAUGCUCUACGUGUGGUGGCCAACGUGCCUCACCCCCCCUCUCCGCUACAGGCUGGUUUUUGGGAUGCUCUACCCGGCUUACGCUUCCUACAAGGCCGUGAAGACCAAAAAUAUCCGGGAAUACGUCCGCUGGAUGAUGUACUGGAUCGUCUUCGCCCUCUUCACAGCCACGGAGACCUUCACCGACCUCCUCAUCUCCUGGUUUCCCUUCUACUACGAGAUGAAGAUGGCCUUCGUCAUCUGGUUGCUCUCCCCCUACACCCGGGGGGCCAGCCUCCUCUACCGGAAAUUCGUGCACCCCACGUUGUCCCGCAAGGAGAAGGAGAUCGACACCUUCAUCAUCCAGGCCAGGGAACGUUGGUGUGAAACCAUGGUGCGUUUCGGCAGGAAGGGCCUCAACAUAGCAGCCACGGCAGCCAUCCAGGCGGCCACCAAGAGCCAGGGGGUGCUGGCCGGGCGUCUCCGCAGCUUCAGCAUGCAGGACCUGCGCUCCAUCCCCGACGAAGCCCCCGUGCACUACCAGGACCCCCUCUACCUGGAGGAAGAAGAGAACCACAGGCUGCUGGGCUACCCCAUGGCCAACCGGCGGUACGAGAGCGAGACGGAGGAUGAGGAGCUCUGGUCGGACCCCCAGGUCUCAUCCAAACCCCUCUCCCGUAGCCAAAGCCUGAGAGCAGGGAGGAAGACGACGGCGGGUAAAGAG